ACUCGAUCCACCGGGCUACUGUUGCACGGUUGCAAUCCCUAUAUCGAGCUAUCCGGCUCGAUCUGUGGUCCUUUUAAUUAUGUAUACGCGUAGGUUCCGCUACUUAUCAACAUUAUUGUGAAGCCUAUAAGCUGGGCCGAGGUUGUGACACUUUUAUGCACAGUGUACUUAUAAUGAGAGCAAAUCACGUGCCGUAUAACAGCAUUGUCAUUCAAAUUGUAUUUAUCCAGCUAGCUGUGUGGGGCAGAGAAGAUCUCUAUGCGAUAACAAUAUGUACAAUACAUGUACAUAUUGUUAUCGUUAAUAUGUACUACAGCUCGAAAGUUAUGUAACUACAUAGCUGCAUAUAGCUGUGUCGCGAGUGUUCAUCGUGCUUAUUAGUUUCUCUGACACAAAUUUGUCGUUAAGCUCAAAUUCCAAGCUUGUACACCAAAUAUGUUGUGGACCACAUUCCUGUGUCUCGUCAUUGCGACUCUCUGUUUCUUUAAGGUGUCAAUGUUUGUAUUUGAAACCGUUCGAUCAAUCAGAGUUCUCCAAACUUUACCGAGUCCACCUGGGGCUCAUUGGUUUCUGGGACACCAGAAACAAGACCCGCUAGGUCCCGGCUUCAAAUGGCUAUUAGACACGGUGGAAGUCUUCCCACGAAUCUACACCACAAGGCUUGGACCCAUGUUCGUACCGACCCUCGUGCAUCCAGAAACCAUCAGGCCCUUACUGACAAGUUCAACAGGUUCAGUCAAGUCUAAGAUAUACAGUCUGUUUGCGGACUGGUUAGGAGAAGGGCUUGCCAUCUCCAAUGGCAUCAAAUGGAAGAGACAUCGGCGGCUCCUGAACGGUUCAUUCUACUUUGAUGUCCUCCGGACCUACUUCCCAGUCUACAACGACUGUGUUGAGGUGCUUCUUCAGAAGAUGGAUCGUCUAGCAGCAGAAAGGAAACCCAUGAACGUUGAGCACCAGCUCGGCUUGUGCACCUUUGAUAUCAUUCUCCGCACAGCUUGCUCCCAUCAAUCAAAUUGUCAGCUCAAAGAUCAGUCGGCAGAAGGGGAGAUGAACCUACUUACCGCUAAUUCAACUCUAGCGAGGAUUGUCCAAUCACGUACCACUGGGAACCCUCUCCUCUUAAUCCCGUUGGUCUUCCGCUUCAGCUCCUUGUAUCCUGAAUGGCAGAGAGCUAACAGAUACAUACAGGCCGUGACUAACGGUUUGAUUAAGCAGAGGAGAAAGGACCUCAACAAAAUGGUUGAGAGUGGUCAUCCUCUGACUUCUCGUGAUUUCCUGGACACCAUCCUCUUGGCUCGCGAUGCCGACGGGAGCGGCUUGACAGAUCAAGAGAUCAUUGACGAAGUCAACACCUUCCUCUUUGGAGGACACGACACCACGUCUAGCACCCUGACUUGGGUGCUGUACGCGUUAGCCAAGUACCCCGAGCACCAGAGCAAAGUCAGGGAGGAGGUGGAUGCGGUGCUAGGCAACAGAGACUCGGAGCGGAUCACCAGCAAGGAUCUGAACAGUCUGGAGUACACGUCCCUUGUCAUCAAGGAAGUCAUCAGGAUGUACACUCCGGUCUUGUUACCGUCUCGCACACUCACUGCUCCAUACGAUGUAGACGGCGUCACUUUACCAAUUGGAACCACGGUAGUUAUUAACUUGUACCAACUCCAUCACAACCCGACCGUGUGGGGGCGUGAUCACAUGGACUUCAAGCCCUCUCGAUUCCAGUCAGACAAGUUUUCCAAGAUGGAUCCUUUCUCGUUCCUACCCUUCUCUGCCGGGCCCAGGAAUUGCAUUGGACAGCAGUUUGCUCAGAAUCAAGUCAAGGUGGUUGUGGCUAGGGUCCUCAGACGAUUUUGUCUGAGUUUGGUGGAGGGAGAACCAGAGCCGGUUCCCUGUGUGAAUGUUGUUGUCAAACCGCUACACGACCUUCGACUGAAUAUUGAGCCAAGAAAUUUCAACGACUAACUCAGAACAUUUUAAAGCACACGGUCUGGCGCAUCUAUUCUUCCACCCAUUUCUACCUAUUUUUACCUUGCUCAAAUCUCACCCGGGAAAGUUGUUUAAAUAAGGAUGCCAGUCCAAUUUGAUGCUAUUAUUUCAGAGCAAAGCAGCUAAAAUCAACCACACUUACCAUCUCUGCCCUCACAGGCACCCAUCUACUCCUGGGUGGGGAGAAGUAAUGAGUGACAAAGUGCCUUGCCCAAGGGCACACUCACCAUAGCCCCAGGCUGGACCCGAACCCAUAACAUUAACACGUAGAAUUACCUGCAGACCAGAAAUUCAAAGCUCCAUGCAAACAACGAGGCCACGACACUCAAUUAAGAUAAAAACAUGUUAGCAAAUGUACCACUUCGCACUUUAACAAAUCAGUUUAAUAAAUGCCCAUUUGUAUUAUAAUAAUAUUUCAACGUUAGUUUUCAGAUUAAUGAAAAGGGAAGGUACAAAAGUAAAAAGAAUAAUUUUAGGAAUGGUGUUAUAUUUGGUGUUUAUUUAUUUACAUACGAUUGUAAAUUUUAUAUUUGUGUAGUGCACCUUUAUAGAAUAGGCCUAUGCUUGCACUAACAUUAGAGUAAAUUAUUUGCUAGGUGUAUAUUAUAUACUUAUCGCUUGACCUUUGACCCUUGGUGAUAAUAGUCGCUCUCAAAUCAACUUGAUCAAAUAUCUCGGGAAUGGGCAGCAUUGAACCACAUACCCGCAUCUUGACCGCUACUAGAUAACAUUCAGAUAUAUAUUGGUCUUUAGUAAAGUCUUCAUUUUGUUUUGCCAUUUUGGAUCGCAACCCACCCAAGUCAGCUACAUUUUGGCGGCUGUUCAUCGUCGUCACUGGAUACUUCCACCAGUUUUACCAGAUUUUUCCUUAAUUCCCGACAAUACAAGAUGUCGCUUCUUAGACCCAUCGACAAGAUGUUGGUUACGAGGCCGAUCCGCCCUGCGGCUCGCUACCGGUUGUUUUGCUUCCCCUGGGCAGGAGGUGGCACUGGGUAUUUCGCUAAAUGGGGUACUCAGUUACCGCCCACAUUGGAAGGUACGAUAUCGAGCAAGAAUUCUUCUCACUUAAUCAGGAAUUAAAGACUAAAUACUUUCACUUUUCAGUAAACCUAAGCGUAAUCAUUUUGGGCAACAUUUAGUGAGUUAUUU